CGCAGUUUAUUUGAUAGCGUGAAAGUAUAGCCGACGACGCCUUUAUCCCAAAAAGUUGACCGACCGAAAUUGAAGACACAACAUACAUCAAUACUCUAGUGCGUAACAACAAAAUAAUUAUAACGAAUAACUUUAGUGUAUUCAUUUAAAAAUCAAAUAAUUCUUAAAUUUCUAUUGAGAGAGCCAAGAGCUCUUCAUUUUAUUAAGUAAAAAAAAACAGUCAAGAUUCCAUUCUCAACGUUUAAACAGUCAUUUACCACCAAUGUCAAUUAUCUGAAACGGAGGUUUUCUUCCGGGGAUUUAUCCUCGGAAGCAGAUGAUGCGGAUCCGUCAAUGGCCUCUUCUGACCAAACGCAGGCUCAGUCGCAACAACGAGCUCAACAGAGACAAUAUGCAUCUAAGCCAUCUAGAUCUCAAGCGGCGACUCCAGCAUCUGAAAAUGCAGACAUGCGAUUAGAGUUUCAAGCACCCGGAAAUCGGACUAUCAGCGCACCAACAAGCCCAGCAAAAACAAGAGAUUCUAUUUUACAACGUGUUCAAUCUUUAACGGACGCGGCAAAAGAGAAGGCUAGUUCAAUUAGUAACGAUAUCAAAUACGCUGCUGCAACUAGACGACAACAAAGAGUAAAUAAGGAUCGAUUAUUAACAUUACUAGUGGUUGAUGAUGAAAAUCUGGACUGGUCUAGAUACUUUCGAGGCAAACGUUUCUUUGGUGAUUUUGAAAUUCAAGUUGAACAAGCAAACAUAAAAGAAUUGACUGUAACGGCGAAUGCCGAAAAAGGUUGUACUGUUAGUAUGACAGUUGUUUCUCCAUCUGGAUCUAAAGUCGUUCGUUCAUUUAAACCUGACUUUUUCUUAUGUCGACAAAGUGUAAGAGAUGCUGAUAAAGACUAUAGGAAUGUAUUGCUUGGAUUAAAUAUUGGUGGUGUACCCAGUAUCAAUUCAUUGACUUCAUUGUAUAACUUCCAAGACAAACCAUGGGUCUAUGGACAACUAGUGCAAUUACAAAAAAAACUAGGUAAAGAAAACUUCCCGUUGAUUGACCAAACAUUUUAUCCAAGUUCUGGCGAAAUGUCGGUAGCUAGUCAAUUACCAGUAGUUCUUAAAAUUGGACAUGCUCACGGAGGAGUAGGUAAAAUAAAGGUUGAUAGUAAUUCAGAUUUUCAAGACGUGACUUCAAUUAUAUCUGUCGCUUCAACUUACUGUACUACUGAACCAUUCAUCGACAGCAAAUAUGAUUUACACUUGACUAAAAUUGGGUCUCACUACAGAGCGCUAAUGCGAAAAAGUAUAACGGGAAAUUGGAAGUCAUGUGUCGGCUCCGCUAUGUUAGAAGAAACCGAAGUUUUAGAAAGAUACAAGUUUUGGCUGGAUGCUGUAGCAGAACUUUUUGGAGGACUAGAUAUAUUGGCAUUAGAAGUAGUAGUAUCUAAAGAAGGUAUUGAACAAAUAAUUGGGGUAAAUGAUUCCGCAUUAUCUCUACUUGGUAAUCAACAAGAAGAAGACAGAAGACAUAUAUUUGACUUGGUCAUAGAACGAUUAGAGUCACAAGUGUUAUCAAAUAUGGGUUCACAACCUACUCAAUCACAGUUAGAAGAUGAAGCACCUUCAAUUCCAGCAAGAAGAGAUUCUAUAAUGUCUGAGAGUAGUAUGACUAGUAAUCAAUCUAAUCAACCAGUGAAAUCGUCAUUGAGUCGUCAAGGAUCUGUCGUUAGUUCUACUACUACUGUACAACAGAAUAAGGCACCUCUAGAUGAUAGUGAGGAUACAAUGAAAAAUUUGAGAAAAACUUUUGCUGGAAUAUUUGGUGAAAUGUAAUUUAUUUAAAAUGACUUAAUUUAUUCAAAGUUUUAAAACUGAUUAGUGCCAUAAUUAUACAUCGAUUAAUUGUUGACUUAAAAGAGUUCGAUUUGUUAUUACACAUAGACUAGUGAAUGUUAUACUUUAUGCGAUUAUUAAUGGAAAGACAUUGAGACAUACUUUUAUAUUAAUUAUAAAUUUGUUGAAUCUAAAGUAACAAACAUUGUUUUUUUAAAUACUCAUUACAUUUUUUAUGAUUUAUUAAGUUUCUGUUAUUUGCCAUUGUUAAUUUUGUGCUUAACUAUUUUAGAUCAUUUAUUAUGGCCUACGGCAAUUUAUUAAUAAUUAAGAAUUGAUUUUUUCGCAAAUUAUAUACUAUUAUUCUGCACUGUCUUUGGUUUUAUAGAUGUAUUUUGUAUAAUAUACUAAAAAGUGAUUACUUAAAGCAAUACUUUUUGUAUACAUACUCGUUUAAAUAGUAUUUUAGAAUAGAUACACCUAAAAAAGAAUAAAAAUAUUAUGACAAGUAUAGUAUUUACGUAUAUCUUCAUUAGUAUUUUCAUAAAAUAUUUUUAGAUGUUCUAGUUACCCAAUUAAUAUCCUUUUAAAAUAUAAAAAUAUUUUUUUUUAAUCAAUAAGAAUUUUUUUAACACCAACAAUAAUGGAACAAUACUAUUAUUAAAAAUGACAUUUUUUAAAAGAAUAAUUAAUCAAUUUGUAUUUAUAUAUUAUCUAUUCUUAAAUCAUUAUCUUAUAAAUUUAUAUUAAUAUCAAGUAAAUUAAGCUGAUGCUAUGUUUAUAAGUAGAUUUGUGGAUUGAACGCAUUAAAAAAUGAUCAAUUUAAUUUAGGUACAAAUUAAAUUUGAUUAUCACGUGACAUUUUUUUUAAUAAAAAUAAAAUGUUAACAAAUAUGUUUCAGCAGUUAAAUUUACUAAGUUUUAAUAGAAUUGUGAACAAAUUGUGGAAAUACAUUAAACUAAUUAGUACAAUUACUAUUAUUAAUACACUCAUAGAAUAAUUAGUUGAAGUAAAUCGGUUUAUCAAUAGAUUUCUAUAAAUAUUACUGUACUAAAUAAUUCGUGAUAAUUAUUGA